AUGAAACUUAAUCAGGCCAACAAUUUCUGGACACAUCGCCUGAUUACUUUGGGAUCUGUUGAGAAAAAACAGCACCCUUUAGACAACCUCGGUGAACAAAUACGCCGUAUCACGCUGCACAAAAUUAAAACGAGAAUAUGUGCUUGCAGCGAAAAUCUCACGAUGCUUGGAGCUGAGUGUUUGCAGAUCCCAAAACACCCAACUGCACACAUCCUAUUGGUCUUCAUGGAGGAAACCACACCCUCUUUUCAAUCUUCUGCAACAACCAUCAAGCCGAACACGGGUUUGCUGUGGGCCUUCCCUAACUUCUUUGCGCCAAACGGUUCUGGCACUUAUGAGCACCGAAAUCAUGUUUGGAAGGAAUUGACAACAGUUUCCGUUUCAGAGAGGUUCUGUGAAAAAUCGGUGACAACAGUUUCAAGUUCAACGACGGCUUAUCCGAUAGCAGCAAACGGUCGACAUGUUGAUCACAAGACGAGUAGCUUGGCAAAUCUAGCGUGCCCUAUCUGGGCCCCACAAUUCAAGGAGAUGGGCAUGGAAACCCCCAAAACCAAAGAACAUUAUAGGGCAAUUGCUAGCCGAACACGGGUUUGCUGUGGGCCUUCCCCAACUUCUUUGCGCCAAACGGCUCUGGUACUUAUGAGCACCGAAAUCGUGUUUGGAAGGUCACCCGGAGACACCAUUGGCAGGUUCAAUUCCCAGUCACCUUCUUUGGGCGCCCGCCAAUCCUUGAUUAAUGCGAAAGUCAUCAUGGCCACAAACUAUUUGCAAUUCAGGUCAGAUCCAGUUUUAGUUGAGGUGGAUAUUCCGAAGUUCAGCCAAAUGAAGUUUUACAAGCAUCGAUUCCAUCAGAAAGUCUUCUACAAUCGUUUCUCUUGUCCAACUUCGUUCUCCGUGGUGACCCGCAUUCCCCGCGCCAGCGUGCAUCGUGUUAUGAGACGCCACCUUCAUCUCUGCCCGUAUCAUUUCACUUUAUUACAAAACACCACGGAACAAGACAAGGAGCAACGUGUCACGUUCGCUAACUGGCUGCUGGACAAUGAAGAAGUCCAGCAGUCCAGUCCUGUGGAGCAAUGA